UUUGUUCCGGCAGCUCUUACCCAGCGAGACAUUGUGAACUCACCGUUACCAGUGGACCGCCUGUCAGUGUCACAACGAACAAGUGUGUAGGUAGCGAAGGACCACGAGGUGAUGAGAAACAAUAAUACGUUUUCCUAUAGCAUUCGAUAAAAAUUUGUGAAUUCUUUAAAAGCUAAUAAUCUACAAUUGUAAGUUUAUAUAAGGUCAGUGGUUUUGGGCACUUACAUACUUAAGAAUUCUAAUCUAUUUGUCCAGGAUUGUGAUUAGAUACAUGAUUUGGAUGAAGCUGUAGUCAUCCGUCAUUACAGGGUCCGACAGCAGGAUAGAAAAUCCACAUACGAACUGUCCACGAAGAGUGUUCACCGGAAAUAUUGAGAGAAGACUAUCGUAAGUCAAUCAAAGUUACCAUGAAUUAUCUAAAUUCUCAAUAAAAUCUAUUAUUUUAGCUUUAAGCUUUGAAGACAAAAAAGCUGUGAAGGUUCUUCUACCAUCCGAACAUUCUUAAAGGAUACCACUCAACUCGACUCUGAUGGCUACAGUAGAUCCCCCUCACGGAGGUGCCGGUAUGGAUCACGAUUGCGGGGCCUGCAACCUGCCCAACGAUGCCGAUUCGCAGAUAGUGCAGUGUGAUGCCUGCCAAGUCUGGUACCAUCUGAAGUGCGUCGGAGAGACUCCUGGCGUUGAGAACAGAUCGUUCAGCUGUCGUGCGUGUCUACCACCCCCUAAUGUCGGUAAGUCGAAGUCCAAGAAGACCAGAUCGCAGAAGGCCGUAAGUGAAGGCCAACUGAAGGUUCCCGUUGCGUCUGCAUCUGGAGUGACACCGAAAAAGCACCCGGAGGUUCCCAAAUGUGUUACGAACAAAGCGACAACAAUCAAAACCACUUCGUCGACUUCGCGUUCUCGAGCUCUGACUCUGCAGAGGAGGAUUGAAGCGGAGCAGCUUCUGGCGGAAAUGAAGCUGGCUGAAGCAGAAAAGCAGCUUGAAGAAGAUCGUCUAAUGCAGGAAAGACAGCGAGCUCUGCGCGAAGAAAAGAUUAGGCUGCAGGAAGAUCUAUUGCGGAAAAUGCAGGAACUAGACAAGGUUGCCGACGCUGAGAGAGCUUCCGAAUACACCAGCACCAGCGGAAUGCGGAAAGCAAGGGAAUGGUUAGCGAAGCAACGACAGGAGAACCAACAGCGAGACGACAAUGGUUCACACCGGUCAAUACCACCGUUUUUACCUUCUAAGAAGUCGGAACGUAGCUCUCAAAAGUCGGUGGGACGCGAAGGAUUCAAUGCGCAAGGUGGGUCAGAUCCCGAUACUUCCGAUGAUCCGGAAGGCCCUUCAGAAGAGCCGAAUCCGCCGAAUAUGGACAGAAGAAUGUCGUUGGAGAGGUCACCAGCGAUGCAGAUUACUGGAGAAGUUGGGCCAACGGCAAAUCAAAUCGCUGCUCGACAGGUUUGGCCAAAGAAAUUGCCGAACUUUUCCGGCGAGCCAGAGGAAUGGCCAAUUUUUUAUAGCAGCUACGAAGGGGCAAAUGCGGCUUGCGGUUUCUCAGAUGUUGAGAACAUCAUCCGUCUACGAGAGUGCCUUCGAGGACCAGCGAGAGAAGCGGUCAUCUCGAAGCUCAUGUUCCCUAAGAGCGUACCAUCGAUCAUCGAGACUCUACGACGAUUGUAUGGACGACCGGAGCUGAUGGUGAAAAAUUUGCUGGGCAAGGUUCGACGGUUGGAAGCACCAAAACCUGAGCGGCUGGACACCCUGAUAUAUUUCGGCAUGACGGUGCAACAGUUGAGUGACCACUUGAUAGCAGCCGACCUUCAGAGCCACCUCGCAAACCCAACGCUGAUGGAGGAGCUAGUGGAUAAAUUACCUGCCGCGUAUAAAUUAGAAUGGGUACGAUUCAAACGGGCAUACGCAGUACCAACCUUGAAGGAAUUCGCUAUGUUCAUGGACGUUCUGGUAGCUGAUGCGAGCGAAGUCACUGUUUUGUCACAGCCGAAGAUGGACAAGGCCAGGCACGAAAAAGAGAAACACAGUCAGAAAGGACAUGUCUAUGCUCACAAUGACGAUGACGUAGACAGACUCCCCUCUUCAAGAGAACCGUGUCCCAUUUGCAAUGGCCUGGACCACAGAGUGCGGAACUGCGAAAAGUUCCAGCGAAUAAGCCUUGAAUCUCGCCUCGCAGCAGUAGAGAGGUUCAAACUAUGCGAAGUGUGUUUGUUCAACCACGGCUCUAGGUGCCGGUCAAGAAUACGCUGCAACAUCGGAAAUUGCCGGGAACGUCAUAACCCGCUACUCCACCAGGUCGGAACAAGAACUGCAGCCGCUUCGAGGACCGUUAAUGCUGAGUGCAACACUCAUGGUCCAGUAACUAGAUCGGUACUGUUUAAGGUGAUCCCUGUAACACUACACAACAAAGGCCGCAGUGUGGAUACGUUCGCCUUCGUUGAUGAAGGAUCCUCCAGGACGCUGGUGGAAUCGAGUUUGGCAAGGUACCUCGAACUUACUGGUGAGACAGUACCGCUGAAGCUGAUUUGGACCUCGAACGUCAGCCGUACAGAGAAGUUUUCGAAGGUAGUGGACAUUGUGAUAUCAGCGCGUGGGCAGAAAGAACGUUUCAAUCUCAAAGGAGUCCACACCGUGAGUGGGCUGAAUCUACCCAAGCAAAGUCUAUCGAUGGAAAACUUGAUUGAACGGUUUGAUCAUCUCCGUGAUCUACCUGCGCAUUCGUACAUCGACGCAGAACCUAGGAUUCUGAUAGGUUUACGGAAUUUGGAUCUGCUUACCCCACUUGAAACCCGAGUAGGGCGACCGGGCGAACCUGUGGCUGUGAGAAGCACACUUGGCUGGGCAGUGUAUGGUCCAUGUGGACCUGACAGCAAUGGAAACGAUUUGAAGGACCGGACCUGUUGA